AAGAAUGGGUAGGGGUGGCGCUCAUUAACAAGCAACCAUGGAAACCAUCCAUUCUUCCCCCUUGCUUUCAGCUAUUCUUGGUUUUUGCCUUACAUUCUCUGGUGUAUUGGUGCCCAUCUCUCCAGCCCCAGUCAUUUGUGCUGGCUUCCACCUCUUUCCUCCUGUCCUUCCUGCUGCUGUCCCUCUCUCAGCAAGGCCACCUCAAAGCUCUGGACUCCACUUCCUAGGGUCUCCUUUUCUGGCCUUACUGCUCGAGCGUUGGUCUAACCCCAAUCUCUUGCAGUAACAGUGAAACAGGCAUCCAUUCAGUUCCUUCUUUUGAUUUUUCUUCAAUCUGUAUUCUACAAAACCAAGGUUGUUAAUGACCACCCUCAGCUUACAACUCCUGGCCUAAAAACCUUUGUGUUCCCACUUACCCACUGGGUUAAAAACAGUCUCCUGAUGUUGGUACCCAAGCACAUUCGGGGUGUGUACCCAACUGCACAGAAAGCCAGAGCUUCCUGCUACAGAGUUCCUUGCCAUUGUGCUUGUGGUGUGACUGCUGUCUAAGCACAGAGACCUCUGGGAUGCCUUCUCUUCGCCACCUUACCUAUCAAAACUGUUUUCUCUUGAAACCACUGAGAAACCUGGGAGCAGCUUUUUUUUUUUUUCUGGAGCUGAGGACCGAACCCAGGGCCUCACUUGCUAGGCAAGCGCUCUACCACUGAGCUAAAUCCCCAACCCUGAGAGCAGCUUUUUAAAGACUGCUUCAACAGACAGGGUUUACUUUCUCCCUCAGGUUGUGGAGAAUUUGUCUCUUAUGCCACAUGCUGAACUUGCCAAAUUACAUCUUUGGUUUUUUUGACCAUCUUGGGUAACACUCCUAAGGUAGCCUGUGUCCCCUCAUGCUCAUUCUGCUGCAAGUUAAGCAGUUCCUUGUAUGUAGCUCUGCCGUGUGGUGAUUGUGGAUUUAGAGGGGAAGCUCUCUUUCCGUGUCAGUUUCUCUCAGCACAUAGUUAUGGCAGUGCCAAGGGUAACCCACUGUGGAAGGAAGCCCCUCUAUGGAAUAAGGUAACAUCUGGCCACCAAAGGAACUUGAUAGCAGAGACAAACAAACAAAGGAGGGAGAGGGGAAUCUAGAGAAAUGGCCGGGUGGAUAAGAGCACAUACUGCUCUUACAGAGGACUUGAGUUCUGUGGCCCAGCCCCCACACUGGGCCACUCACAGCCACUUUUAACUCCUGUUCCAAUGAAUCUGGUGCCCCACCUGGCCUUUGCAGGCAGUAUACUCAUGCACAAACCCACAUUCAAACUUAAGGAAUCAAAAAUAAACAUAAAAUCUUUUUAAAAUAGUAGAAAGAAAAGUAAUAAUCUAUAAUUCAAUAUUCCAAAGAAAAACAGAUUUCACUGAGAAUCUAUAAUUGCCUAUACUGACCUAGGUAUUGUAUGUAAGGGUUAAAAGAGAGAGUCUCUUGUCCUACAAAACAAAAACAAAACAAAACAAAACAACCUGUGUCCUAAGAGGAGGAGAAACCAGGCUUUACUUGUAGAGUAAGCGCUGUGGACAAACCAUGAUGACUCUGUCUGCUGGGCUGUACCUACUGUAAAUGCCCAAGGGAGCUGGCUUACUCAGGAUCCUCUUGGCAAAUCUGUACUUUUGUUGGUGUUUGUUUGUUUUAAUUUGUUCUGGAGGUUGAAAACCACUUUCCUUUUCCUUUUUCCUUUUAUGUGUUUGGGUGUUUUGCCUAUACGUGUCUUUGCACUACCUGUGUGCCGUUGCCACUGGAGACCAGAAAGGCACUGGAUCCCUGGAAUCAGAUUUAUAGACAGUUGUGAAGUACCAUGUGGGUGCUAGGAUCUGCACUUUAGGUCCUUUAAGAAAGCAGCCAGUGUUCUCAACCACUGAGCAAUCCUUUGACAAAUCUUUCAGGCAAUAAAGCACCUUCUUUUGGGCUAGAGGCGGCUCAGUGUUAAGAGUACUGAUUGCUCCUCCAUAGGACCCAAGUUCAGUUCCUGUGGGAUCUGCUGCCCUCUUUUGGCUCCCAGUGGCAUCAACACACAUGUGGCACACACACACAUUCAUAUACACAAAUAAACAAAAUUUAAAGUACUCUCUUUUAUUGCAUCUUAAAUUCUUUCUUUUUAAAAAAUAUGGGUGCUUUACCUAAAUGUAUGUUUGUACAACACGAGUAUGCCUGGUGCUCAUGGAGGCCAGAAGAGGGCGCUGGAUCCCUGGGAUGGAGCUACAGACAGUUGUGAGCGUCCACAUGGUGCUGGGGAUUGAACCUGGUCCUCGGAAGAACAGCCAUGGACAUAUCAGGCCAUGGUCCAUGAACUACUGGGCAUAAACAACAACCGGAUUGAUCUUUCCAGAGUGCCAGGAAUCAGCAAAGACUUAAGAGAGGUGGUCCUGUCCGCUGAAAAUGAUGAAUUCUAUGCUAAUAACAUGUACCUGAACUUUGCCGAGAUUGGUAGCAAUAUAAAGAAUCUCAUGGAAGAUUUCCAGAAGAAGAGACCGAAAGAGCAGCAAAAGCUAGAGUCCAUAGCGGACAUGAAGGCCUUUGUUGAAAAUUAUCCACAAUUCAAGAAGAUGUCUGGGACUGUCUCAAAGCAUGUGACAGUCGUUGGAGAACUGUCUCGGUUGGUCAGUGAACGAAACCUGCUGGAGGUUUCAGAGGUUGAGCAAGAACUGGCCUGUCAGAAUGACCAUUCUAGUGCUCUUCAGAAUGUGAAGAGACUCCUGCAGAAUCCGAAAGUUACAGAAUUUGAUGCAGUUCGCCUAGUGAUGCUUUAUGCUCUACAUUAUGAGCGCCACAGCAGCAACAGCCUGCCAGGGCUCAUAGUGGACCUCAGGAGUAAAGGUGUCGCUGAGAAAUAUCGGAAGCUUGUGUCUGCAGUUGUUGAAUAUGGUGGUAAACGGGUUAGAGGAAGUGACCUCUUCAGCCCCAAAGAUGCUGUGGCUAUUACCAAACAGUUCCUCAAAGGCCUGAAGGGAGUGGAAAAUGUGUACACCCAGCACCAGCCUUUUCUGCAUGAGACCCUGGACCAUCUCAUCAAAGGGAAGCUUAAGGAAAACCUCUAUCCGUAUUUAGGCCCCAGCACACUCAGAGACAGGCCUCAGGACAUCAUCGUGUUCGUUAUUGGAGGAGCCACCUAUGAAGAGGCACUGACAGUCUAUAACCUCAACCGUACCACUCCUGGAGUGAGGAUCGUUCUGGGAGGAACAACAAUACACAACACAAAAAGUUUCCUAGAGGAAGUCCUGGCUUCUGGGCUGCACAGCCGCAGCAGAGAGAGCUCACAGGCCACCUCAAGGUCAGCAAGCAGAAGAUGAGAUGGCAGUUGAGAACAGAGAGAAUGUCACGGCCUCCCUCUUAUCCCGUCUCGGCCUUCCCUGUGACCAGGGGCUUCAGGGUAGCUCUUGUGUUUGCUCUAACUCACUCCAGGUAACCCUGAUUCCUGAACUGCUGGCACACACGCCGGCUGGGACUGCCAAUGAUGAGCCCACCCCAACCCACUUGUGAUUCUGUAUCAAAUAAAUAUGUUCUUUGUGUAUUUGACAGCA